GACCCUCGUACCUGUGUGACCUUUGACCCUCGUACCUGUGUGACCUUUGACCCUGUCGGCGCUCUGUUCGGACCGUGGCGCAGGUAUCGCCAUCAGGGAGUCGGCCGGUGUGGGAGACACGGCCCAGAGGAGGCUCGCACCAGGACUCCACGACCUGGACUUCUACAUCGGAGACGAAGCCGAGGACAGGCCCAACUACGCAACCAAGUGGCCCAUCCGUCAUGGCAUGGUGGAGGACUGGGAUCUGAUGGAGAAGUUUCUGGAGCAGGUGAUCUUCAAAUACCUGCGAGCUGAACCUGAGGACCACAGCUUCCUCAUGACAGAGCCUCCUCUCAACACCCCAGAGAACAGAGAGUACCUGGCAGAGAUCAUGUUCGAGACCUUCAACACACCUGGACUCUACAUCGCAGUGCAGGCGGUGUUGGCGUUGGCGGCAUCUUGGACGUCUCGGCAGGUGGGACAGAGGACUCUGACCGGCAUCGUCAUCGACAGCGGAGACGGAGUCACACACGCCAUCCCUGUGGCUGAGGGCUACGUGAUUGGCAGCUGUAUCAAGAACGUCCCCAUCGCAGGGCGGGACAUCACCUUCUUCAUCCAGCAGCUGCUCAGAGACCGCGAGGCGGGCAUUCCUCCGGAGCAGUCCAUGGAGACCGCCAAGGCUGUCAAGGAGCGGUACUGUUACAUCUGUCCAGACAUCGUGAAAGAGUUCUCCAAGUACGACUCGGACCCGGGGAAAUGGAUCAAACAGUACCGCGGCGUGAACGCCGUCAGUCAGACCGCCUUCCACGUCGACGUGGGCUACGAGCGUUUCCUGGGCCCCGAGAUCUUCUUCCACCCCGAGUUCGCUAACCCAGACUUCAUGCAGCCUAUCUCUGAUGUCGUUGAUGAUGUCAUUCAGAGCUGUCCAAUCGAUGUGAGGAGACCGCUCUACAAGAACAUCGUGCUCUCUGGAGGAUCCACCAUGUUCAGAGACUUUGGGCGGCGACUGCAGAGAGACGUGAAGAGAGUCGUGGACGCCAGACUGAAACUGAGUGAAGAACUGAGUGGAGGACGGAUAAAGCCGAAGCCGAUGGAAGUUCAGGUCAUCACACAUCACAUGCAGCGCUACGCCGUCUGGUUCGGAGGCUCCAUGUUGGCGUCCACGCCCGAGUUCCCCCAAGUGUGUCACUCUAAGAAGGACUACGAUGAGAUCGGCCCCAGCAUCUGUCGACACAACCCCGUGUUCGGCAUCAUGUCCUGAUGCUAUCUGCUAGCCACCACACACUUAGUCACAGUGUGUGUGUGUGUGUGUGUGUGUGUGUGUGUGUGUGAGUGUGUGUUCAGCCUCAUGUUCUGAUGCUAUCUGCAACCACCAAACACUUAGUCAACAGCCUGUUCAUCUCUUGCCCCAUUGUGUGUGUCUCUGUGUGUGUGUGUGUUUGUGUGUGUGUGUGUCUGUGUGUGUGUGUUUCUCUGUAUGUAUGUUUGUGUGUCUGUGUGUGUGUCUGUGUGUGUGUGUGUGUGUCUGUGUGUGUGUGUGUGUGUGUGUGUGUCUCUGUAUGUAUGUUUGUGUGCGUGUGUGUGUGAGAGUGUGUGUGUGCUUAUAUUUAUAAUAAUGGACUGUAUUAUAUGUUUCAGUGUUGUACAGCCUGAAACAUCAGAGUGAUUAUAUUUGUAAAGAGAUAGAGACAGAUAUUUAGUUUUAUGAUGAAGUGUUAAUAUUCUGUCAAUAAACUCUCACACACCUUCA